GAAAUGGCUCGUACCAAGCAAACGGCACGUAAAUCCACCGGUGGCAAGGCGCCCCGCAAACAGUUGGCCACCAAAGCCGCUCGCAAGAGUGCCCCGGCCACUGGAGGAGUCAAGAAACCCCAUCGUUAUCGUCCCGGCACCGUCGCCCUUCGUGAGAUCCGUCGCUACCAAAAGUCGACCGAGCUUCUGAUCCGCAAGUUGCCAUUCCAGCGCUUGGUCAGAGAAAUCGCCCAGGAUUUCAAGACCGACUUGCGUUUCCAGAGCUCGGCCGUCAUGGCCCUGCAGGAGGCCAGCGAGGCUUACUUGGUGGGUCUUUUCGAAGACACCAACUUGUGCGCCAUCCACGCCAAGCGAGUCACCAUCAUGCCAAAAGACAUCCAACUCGCCCGCCGUAUCCGUGGUGAACGUGCUUAAGCUAUUCGAUUCCCUUUUACCAACAAAUCGGCCCUUUUC